GCAGCCGCUGCUUCCUGAAGACGGCAAUGGUAGUCGCGGAAACGGCCGGCGGGAAUGCCACGAACCUCAUUUUGGGAGUUGCAACUAACUCAGAGAUCCAGUGGUGCAUCAGCUACAUUGAGCAUAAACAAAUGACAAUGGCACGGAGAACAACCCAGCUGUCAGCCAAAACUACAUCCUGGGAAUCACUGACAAAAUCUCAAGCCUUGAAGAAAGACCAUGGGAGAAUCUGGCUGCUAUUUUCAUGAAUACUGCUGCUGAUUCUAGCACUGUCAGUUAGAAUGAGAAGAAAAUGAAUAGAAAUCAGUGGUGGAUUGCCCCUGGUUCGGACCGGUUUACAAGAACUGGUAGUAAAACCAGUGGGAGGCCCUGCCCACCGCCCUGGAUAUCGUCAUCAGCGAUCUGCGCAUACACAAUCCCAUUGCGAACUGGUGGUAAAGGAGGGUUCUAUGGACAGUUUGUAUGAACCAGUUAAAGAAAAUCAAGAACUACAAGAAGAUACCUGCAUAAGUAGCAGAGCUAAUACACCAGAAUGUGCUAAUGCUGAAAACACAACAAUAAAAGAAAGAAAGUUCAUCCAGGAUCCAAUAUCAGAAAAUGAGGUAUUUGAAAAAAACGAAGAUUUUCUUACAGGAGAAAAGUCUUAUUUACUACAAGAACCAAGGAAAGAAGAAACAGCAUGCCACGUUAUAGAUUCAGAUGAAAAUCAAGCUGAAACAAUGGGAACCUUGAAACGGUUACAGAAGUUAGUUCGAAAUAAGAAAGACAGUACGCACAGUUUGGAUGACAUCAAGCAUAUAUUAUCAUACAAUAUAUCACCACAAGAUCCUGGAUUCUCUGAAGGUGAAGAUGAAGCUCCAAUUUCAUGUAUGAAAUUAACAAAAUAUCAGGACAAAAAAAUACUGAAAGAGAGCUCAAGAUUAAAGGCAGACAUUGAGCCUAGAACAGAUCUUAUCUCAGCAUUGCUGGAUACAACUUACAUUUCUGGAAUUAACAACCUAGGAAAUAAUGACACCUGUUCUGAAAUGGAAUUUCAGCUCUGGAGUGAGUGGAAAUCUUUCCCAGAUACUCAGCUGAGUCCCUAUGAUUUCUUCACCACAAGGAUAGAAGAAUGGGGGAAAUGUACUUGUUGUUCACAUCAACCACAACUUACAAGCUCUGUCACAGAUAUGGAUCUCCCAAAUUCAUGGAGGUCAAGCAGCUUUGGAAAAUUUGACCAUCGCAGACAUCACUCAACAUCAAAACCAAAUGAUUCAUCUGAGCUAGAUGAAGUAUGUGCUACAUGUGAUGGCACAGAAUUGAGACAAAACAAACCCAACAAUGGAGGAAGCAUUGGAAAAAAGAUGCGAGCCAUUUCCAUGACUAUGAAGAAAAAGAUGGGUAAAAAGUACAUUAGGGCGCUUUCAGAGGAAAUGAAUGAAGGGGGAAAAAGUUUUUCUACUUCAAAUAGGGACAGUGACCCUGGAGGAGAACCAAUCACAGCUUCUAUAAAGGCAAGUGACUCCAUGGACAGCCUCUAUAGUCUUAAUAGCGGCCAAAGUUCUUCAAGUGGUGUAACUUGUUGUUCAGAUGGAACAAGCAACAGAGACAGUCUAAGGUUUGAUGAAGAAAUAAGUUAUGUUGGACCAUUCUGUGGCAGAGCCAGAGUACACACAGACUUCACUCCCAGUCCUUACGAUUCAGACUCUCUAAAAAUCAAGAAAGGAGAUAUAAUUGACAUCAUCUGUAAAACCCCAAUGGGCAUGUGGACUGGUCUGCUAAACAACAAGGUCGGAAACUUCAAAUUUAUUUACGUGGAUCUGAUUAUAGAAGAGGAAUCUGCACCCAGAAAGAUAAAAUCUCGCAAGAAAAGUAAAAGGGCCAAGCCUAAUUCUCUUCAGGAAUUCUUGGAGCAAAUCCAUCUCCAGGACUAUUUAUCAAGCCUUUUGCUAAAUGGCUAUCAGACAUUAGAAGAUUUGAAAGAUCUACAUGAAAAGCAUUUAAUUGAACUCAACAUCAAAGAUCCAGAAGACAGGACGAGGCUACUUUCAGCUAUUGAGAAUCUGCAGGACUCUGAAAAUGAACAAGACCAGGAAACAGAACCAAUGCCACAGAUGUUAAACCCUAAUCUCAGCCCUAACAAACUACAAUUAAAUGACUGUCCAAGAGAUUCUGGUUGCUAUAUCUCACCGGAAAUGUCAGACAAUAGUAAAGAAGAUCUGGAUGCAGAAAAUCUGUCUGACAUCAUCCAGAAAAUUUCCAUCGCUGAAUCAGAUUGAAACCUGCUUAUAUUUCCAGCAAAUUAUUAAUACUUACUUGGGAGUUUCGAGAAGUAUACUGAAAUGAUUUGUUUGUACAAGUAUACAAUAAUUAUAGUAUACAUUAUUAGUUUUGAGACUAUUUCAUUUUAUCAUUUUAUCAAAUUUUGCAAACAAAUAAUAUAAAUGUCCUAUAUUAUUAUUUGCAACUUUCUUAAAAUAUACUAUUUGGAUUUUAUACAGAAUUCAUAUAAGAUAUUAUAUUUUUACAAUAUGAGUAACAUUAUUUUAUAAUUCUGUUUACCUAAAAAUUUAAAUAUUUAAAUUUAAGUAUUGUAAAAAAUGUAUAUAAUUACUAUCUAAUUUGAAAUAAAACUAUAUAGCUAUACUUUUCUAAUGCUAUAUUUCUAUAUGGUACUUUUUCCUAAUACAAUUAACAUAUAACGAGCUAUUUUUUCAUAUAAAUAUUGCUAUGUCUAUUUUAAUUAAUCCACUGUGAAGAAUCAUGUAUAAUGAUGUUAAAACAGUUUAUAUUGCUUUAAGGUAAAUGAAUAUAUAUCUAUAUAAAUUACAUUAUUUAUGACAUUUAAUUCUGGAUCCUGAUACUUUGUCCAUAUGUUUAUUUUUCCCCAUAUAUUUUUCAUUAUUUUCUUCACAGUGUGGAAGAUUAAUUAUUAGCAGCAAGUAAUUUUCUUUUCUCAAAAAUUUUUUCAAUAUGUGUGAGAUGCAAAUAGACAUUUAGGAAUAAAUAUUUAUUACCAAGCAUUUUUUUUAAAAAAAAUGUUCUCAGUAAUGUCACAUCAGCUUUAUUUUAUAAUGAUAUAUAAAUAUUCUCUUGCAAAAUAAAUUAAGUAUGUGCCAUGAAGUCUGUGUCAACACUUUAGUGACCAUACAGAUAGACUUGUCUAGAAUGAUCUGUCUACAUCAGUCUGCUCAGCAUUUCCCAACCUGCUGGUACUGUAAAUAUGUCCACCCAUCUGAUACUGGAAAUCCUCUUUCAUCUUUCCCAGCAAUAUUGAUUUCUGGACCAUUGCAUAAUGUGUCUAAAGCAAGGGUGUCAAACUCACGUCGUCAAGUGGUGUCACGUGAGGUGUCAGGACUUUUCCCCCUUCGCUAAACUCAGCAUGGGUGUGGCCAGCGUGUGACGCAUCCAGCCCGUGGGCCAGGAAUUUGACAGCCCUGGUCUAAAGUAUGACAAAGUGAGCCUAGCUAUUUGUACUUUAACUGAGAACAGAAUAUUGCUUUGUUCUUUGAUCCAUAUGUUUUAUUUCUUGAUAAUGUGUGGUGUUUUCAAGAGUUUCCAUAACACCAUAGUUCAGAAUAAAAUAAUGUCACUGAAUUGUAAUGUAAAUAUUUUUUCCAAGAGAUGAUAUAAAAUAGCCUAGCUUUUCCAGCUGGGAAGUCUGUUUAAGUUCUGUAAUCGUACAACUUUAAAAAGCAGGUCAUCUAAUUUGGUUAAUGAAUUUGCCUAAAGUUCUUUGAGUCUAACUUGUCUCAAUUUUUUUUCAAAAUAAUGAACUAUAUUAAUACUUACAGCUAAGGAGAACUGCAUUAGGAUCAAAUGCAGAUACUGGCCACACCAUCGUCAUAUCAAACAGAACUUAUAUGACUAACCGUAUUGACAUGGUUGCAAUCUUCAAACAAACAUAAUUUAUAAAUAGUUCUGCAAAUAAUAUAUUGUGAUAUUUGUCCAGAAGGAAGGAUAGUACAGGAUGAUAAAGCAUAGAAAUAAAUAAUAAUAAUAGAAAUAAAUAAUAGAAAUAAAUAAUAAUAAAUUUUAGAAAGUGGAUUUCAAAUUGGAUUUGAAAUGAACAAUAAAGCAUACUUUCAGUAUUGUCAAAUGCAAGUCAGGUGGGGAAGAAAGUUAUUUUUUUGCUGUCCGUUCACUUUCUGACUUUUCUUGUUGAGUUGGGUUUAUCUGAAAGCAUGUUCUGUUUAACUUCAGUUCUGUUAAAAAUCCAUGGUUUAGGUGUAGGAUGAUCUCACUAACGUAUGUCUUUAUUUUAGUUUGCAUAAAUUGCUGCAGUAUUUUGGAGAAAGGGGAGAGUCUAUAAAGCUCCUGUUUAAAAGUUUAGGGAAUGUGAUUGGAAAUAUCAUUUCUGCCCGAGAAUUGUUACUAAGAAACUUAAAAAUAUUGAGAUGAUAGACAAAGUGUGACCUAUUGUUCUUAAAAGCAGAAUAAAAGGAAGCUGUUCUUGUUUUCAUUAAAAAAAAUCCUUGUUAACGAUAUGUUUUCACUGUAAACCACCCAGACAUAACUUAGGUGAGAUGUGCCAUCGAGAAAUUAAAUUUACUUAUAAUUUACUCUUACUAUUGCACUCAUGGAUUAAACCACAACUAUAGAACUGUAACAAAAGAGUUCAUUGGUGACUAAGUCAGACAAAUAGAAGUCUAAUUAGGAUUUAUGUUCAACUUCUACAGCAGUUGAGUCAUAUCUCUUACCCAUAUAGAAUUAGGCAUGCCACUGUCAGUUUUUACUUAUUUUUUUUACCAAGAAAGAAAACAAUACAAACUAAAUAAUCUAAAUCAAAUGUUUUCAAUAGUUAGCUGUUUUAAUAUGACUUCUGCAUUUAUUUUAUCUGAGGCAUGUCAAAGGCUACAAAAAAUAAUUGGAAUGGGACAAUAAACUAGCCAGAACUGGGCGGGGGGGAACGGGACAGGACAAAAUGUGACUUUAUUUUAAUUAAACUGAGCUAGAGUUAUAUUUGGUUAAUAUAUACUAUUAUAUAGUAUGACUAGGUCUCGUGUAUUUAAUAAUCCUUCUCUUUUUGUCACAUUCAAAUGACAAUUCAAUGGCAAUUGUUAGGGAAGCUAAGAAGUGGAUAUUAAACUUCCAGGAAGGUGUAAUGCCAAGAGCUCAAUAUGAUCAGAUUUCUGAUAUACAAAAUUUAUUGUAAUUAUCAUAAGCAAUUUAAUAAAUAAAUGGCAGCAGCAUCUGCAGCAAGUGUUUUAUUUGGGAAGGUGUAAAAAUGAUUUAGAAAUAAGGCCUGUACACUGCAUGCAACCUUCUGAAUCAUCUUCAUCUUUUGUAUGCAACAAUACCCUAGGAGAUAUGGUACAGAAUCAGGUACACUUGGAGAGGAAAUAUUUUGCCUUAGAAUGUGAUUGCAUCCUUCUUCCCUUAACCUUGGUUGAUCCCAUUUUUAUGGAAGAACAAGCAAAAAAGAUUUGUGGCUAUCAAUCUAUGCAAAAGAGCCUCUUUAGGAAUGGGAUAUGUAUAGGGGGAAAAAAAGAAAAUCUCUUGGAAACAAAGUUUACACCUUCCUUAAAUAGCUGGUGAAAAAAAGGGUAUGAAAAAUCAAAGUGGAAGUGCAGAAAAGCAUUUAUAUGAUUAUAAAUUUGUGUAUCCCUUAAUUUCUUAACUUUUUAAAUUUCAUGUUUUGAUUUACUGUUAAGAGAUCAAAUGUAAAUGAAUAGUGAAAUCCCUGUUGAGUUCAACUAUGGAGUUCAUACAUGGAAUCAGGACCAGAGGGGUUUUUUUAUUGUUAUUUUGUUUAAUGCCUAACAUUGUAUUCUUAAUUUUCUUGACUUUUGACUAGCUUGGACUUUUGUAUCAAUGUUUGAAAAGCCUUUGGUAUUGCAUUAGUGGAUUAAUUAAUAGUCCUUAUGUAGCCUUCAUUAUUAUUUGAAUUUGAAACCUCUGUGUUCAAGUGUUAAGAGGGAGGCAUUAAACGUUUACCUGAAAGGAUUAGCUUCAGAUUGUACAAAUGAAAGUCCAGGUAAAACUCAUCUAAUUAAAACCUAUUCAACUGAAAAUCUUAUUUAUCAGAAACGAAUGUUUCUUUUAUCAAUAUCAUCAACAAACUAUUCACCUGAGCAGCUAGCAAUAAGCAAGAGAGCUUCACAUGAAUGUCAAUUAAUUUAAUUUGCUUUUCAAAUAAACUUGCUCUCCAUGUGUGCAGUUUAAGUACUGUUCUGUGUAUCCAUCAUAUAAAGGUCAAUUAACCUCAAUUUCAGUUAUUGGACUUGAAUAAAAUAACCACAACUGA